AUGGCAUGCACGGCUUGUGCGUCAGCCACGACGAGUCAUGACCAGUCUCUGGAUUCCAAAACUUCUACAUUUCAGGAUUAUGUGUUCCAUAUCGGCAAGCUCUUCAUUGCAAUAUGUACAUUCAGCGCUCGGAAUCAAGUUAAGCCUCUUCAGGUCUUGACUGAUUGCGGCUUGAUAGUCAGUGUGAGGUAUCUUCAACAACGUAGAAUGGUCAACAUCAAAGCCAUUCCUUGCAGCCAGAUCAACAAUUUCAUUCCCCCUGAUGCCACGGUGCGAUGGUACCCAAAGGAAGAGCAGUGUCUUACCAACUACCCCGGGUACUCCAAUAUCACAUAAGAUGGCUAUUAAAAUUGAGGGGACCACGUUAUCGAACGCGCCCUGUACAUCAAGGAAGACACAAGCUGUAGCAGAGUGACUGUCAAGAGAAUUCCUAAGGUCUGAGACCAAUGCUGUAAAACUUUCUGCUGCACUUCGGCCUUUCCUAAAUCCGAAUUGUUCAUUUGGAGGAGAUACAGGGGAAUAUUUCUCAAAAAAAGAGGGAAUCCAUUCAUCAUUCUUCGGCAGUUUAGGAAUUGAAACACGCUUAAACCUCUUCAUAUAGUUCCAUACUGUACUAACAGGAGUAUAUCGAUUAAAAGAUUCACAUAAAGAUUU